GCGUUUUUCGGCAGUGUGGCAAGUUCUUUGCGGUAGCUUUUCUAACGUCGUAGAAGGACGUGCGUUGUUGGGGACAGCACUUUUCGGCAGUGUGGUUAUUUGGCGAUCAUGGAUGUUGGAGAGCUUUUGCGGUAUCAGCCAGACCGAGGGACAAAAAGAACCAGAGAGGAUGAACCAAAUCAGGUGAAAUCUCAAAAAAAGGAGAGAAUGCGGAACUGGAAUCGAGAGGAGGAGAGAAGUGCAGCAGCUGAGGAAGAGAAGCAUGUGAUUGAGGCUGGUGAUGGCAGAGAUGAUGCUGAUGAAGAGGAGGUGGAGCCUCUGGAUGAGGGUGCAGUGAAGAGGAUGAUCCUUGCCUUUGAGAAGAGGUCCUAUAAGAAUCAGGAGCUGCGCAUCAAAUUCCCCGAUAACCCAGAAAAGUUUAUGGAAUCAGAACUUGACCUAAAUGACAUUAUCCAGGAGAUGCACGUGAUUGCCACCAUCCCUGACCUCUACCACUUGCUUGUAGAGCUUAAUGCUGUGCAGUCCUUGCUGGGCCUCCUAGGACAUGAGAACACUGAUGUGUGUAUUGCUGUGGUUGAUCUGUUGCAGGAACUCACAGAUAUAGACACACUCCAUGAGAGUGAGGAGGGAGCACAGGUUCUUAUAGAUGCGCUGGUAGAGGGACAGGUUGUUGCGCUUUUGGUACAAAAUUUAGAGCGUCUUGAUGAGUCAGUGAAAGAAGAAUCAGAUGGUGUGCACAACACUCUAGCAAUCAUUGAGAAUUUGACUGAAUUUCGCCCUGAGAUUUGCUCUGAUGCUGCACAACAAGGGCUUCUACAGUGGCUUCUAAAACGAUUGAAGGCUAAAGUACCAUUUGAUGCCAAUAAGUUGUACUGCAGUGAAAUUCUGGCCAUUCUCCUACAAAACAAUGACGAAACUCGGGAACUCCUGGGGGAGUUGGACGGGAUAGAUGUGCUUCUUCAACAGUUAUCGGUAUUUAAACGUCAUGACCCAGGAACAGCAGAGGAACAGGAGAUGAUGGAGAAUCUGUUUGACUCGCUGUGUUCUUGUCUAAUGCUCAGCAGCAAUAGAGAGAGGUUCCUUAAAGGAGAAGGACUCCAGCUUAUGAAUCUUAUGCUCAGAGAGAAGAAAAUGUCUCGUAACAGUGCUCUCCGUGUGCUGGAUCAUGCCAUGAUAGGCCCAGAGGGCACUGAUAACUGUCACAAGUUUGUAGACAUCCUGGGGCUCAGGACCAUUUUCCCUCUAUUUAUGAAGUCUCCCAAAAAGAUGAAGAAGUCUGGAGUGUCAGAGAAAGAACAUGAGGAACAUGUUUGCUCCAUUUUGGCCUCUCUUCUACGUAAUCUGAAGGGACAACAGAGGACACGUCUUCUCAGCAAGUUCACCGAGAAUGAUUGUGAGAAGGUUGACCGUGUUUUGGAGUUGUAUUUUAAGUACCUGGAUGCUGUGCGUUUGGCUGAUAAAAAGAUUGAAGGAGAAAAACAUGAUAUGGUGCGCCGUGGGGAAAUCUUGGAUGAUGAUCUAGAGGAGGAGUUUUAUCUGCGUAGACUUGAUGCUGGACUUUUCUUGCUCCAGCUUCUCUGUUAUAUCACAGCAGAAAUCUGUAAUGCCGGUAUGCCACAGAUACGACAGAGGGUAUUGCAGAUUUUAAACAUGAGAGGAAGCUCAAUCAAAAUUAUGAGACACAUUCUGAAGGAAUACUCAGAGAGCAUAGGUGAUGGGAAGACACCUGAAUUCCGGGAGAGUGAACAGAAGAGAAUUCAGGAGUUGCUGGAGACUUUAUAACAAAAUAGAACUUUUACCAAAAUGCUGUGUGUGGGAAUCUGCAAAGCAUUCCACUGUAAUAACCUGUCGGUGUGUUAAGGACACAGGACUAAUGCUCCCCACUGUGAAACGCCAUUCUUUGUAUAUAGAAUUGUAAAAAAAGCCUUCUAUCUUGUCAUCGCAGAGACCAAUUGAGGUUACAAGAGUAUCUUUUUUUUUUUUUGUAAUUUCAUGCAAAAAUGUAAGGCUUUUUUUUUUUUUAUAAAAUGUAUGUGGAUAAAAAAUAAAAAAAAACUAUCUCCUUA